CCUCCGUACCGUGCCGUUGAUUGGCUGCCGGGCUCCCGCGAUCGGCCCGCUGCAUCGGGGAAAUUUGGCCGAGGGAGCGGGAAUCCUGGCAAUGUGAUGGCAGCCGCUAACCAUGCAGAUACCCCGCGCCCGGCUAGUAGGGCAUGCGAUCGAUGUCGGCGGCGAAAAGCUAAGUGCGACUGCCCUGAUCCAUCAUCAGUUUGUGUCAAUUGCCGUCUUGCCAGAGAGCAAUGUACCUUCAAUUUGCCGCUUUCUAGACGAGGUCCGAAGGCAAAACGACGCCAUCUUGCUGCUGAGGCUCGAGGAGACUCUCUGCAGAGUCCAGUCACACCGUCUCUGCAAGUAACGAGACAUGACCCUUCAUCACAGAGCCUAUUUGAAGCUCCUGGAGACUCAGAGAAUCUUGAUCUAUGGGAUUCGGGAAUCACGUCUGCCAUCAGCCUGGAUCCUGCACUCUCACCAGCGACGGUCCAUACUGUUCCAACUCCGCUCUCUCAUGCCACGUCAACAGGAGGCGCGAUAUCCGCUUUACAGCGAUGGGAAGCACUCGGCCGGGAUCUUUACAUACGCAGGCCAACAGCUGUAUUGGAGAACGUGAUCAAGCAUUGUUUCAAACUGUUUUUUGACUAUCUCUUCCCUCUUAUCCCACUUGUCCAUGAGUCAAGCCUUCGAGAUGGCUUGGAGUUUUUCGUCUCUCGAGACGAUACACGGAACUUCCGAGGGAGCACUUCGAGCAUGAGAUACGGCUAUGAAUCUUUGAAGUAUCCUGAGCUAUGGCCGGAUGUGACUUUCACCCUCAUCACCGCUGUUUGCGCCGAGACUGCCUUCCUUCUUCCGAAGGACAUUUUCCCAGAAGGGGAGACGAUCGCAGAUCUUUUUCUUCAGGCUUCUCGCAGUUGCUUAGUUACCUACCUGGAGGCCGAUCUCGAGCAUCCAAACGCAAAUUCCGUGGCGAUUCGAUAUCUCCACUCAAAUUGCAUGCAUGCAGCUGGAAAGCCAAGAUUCUCUUGGCAUAUAUUCGGCGAAGCGACCCGGCUAGCCCAGGUGCUGCAGAUGCAUGAUGAAGAAUCCAUACAGGGUCUGCAUCCCCUCGAAGCAGAAUUCCGCCGACGCGCUUUCUGGAUCACCUAUAUCGGAGACAAGUCUGCCGCCAUAUUGAACAGUCGUCCAAUCACGAUCCAUAAAUUCUCUUUCGAAUCUGGCAUCACCAUGGGUUACCCUACCGGUAUUGAGGAUGAAAUAAUCGUGACACCCGGAAGCACGAGUGCAGAUGAUUUGACAGUCCGUAAGAGCUUUCUUACUGGUUUCAAUGCAAAUUUGCGUCUCUGGCAGACAGCGUCAGACCUUCUCCUAGAGAUGCGUCUGCUUGACAGUCGCAAGAAUGUCUCUAUGAAUACUCAUCAUUCAUUGACAGCGGAUGAAAGACUGCGAUUGGAUCAUCUUUACGUACUUUUUGUGACUUCUCUGGAUGAUCUUCCGCCUUUCCUUCAAGAUGAUCAACUCGUGACUAACACCCACUCCGACAGAGAAGGAAUGAAUAGUUUACUGCGGGUUUACACCAUUCAAGCAGCCAACCUAUACAUUUCUUUGCACUGUUUGAAAAUGGUUAUCACUCAGAAAUUUGAAGAGGUCAACUAUUUUCCUAUGGGGCAUAACGAAAUUUUGCUCUUGAGGAAAACAGAGAUUGCUCGGAACAUGUUGAGGAUCAUGCGUGAGGCCCCUUUCUGGGCGUUACAAGUCAAUGGAGAACCAUGUGUCGAGAAAAUACGUCUCAUCGGCGCCAGCCUUUUAGAAAUCAUCGACCAACAUGAGACAUCGCCUUUGUCAGUACGCGCACGAAGCGACCUCUCCGUGCUUCUUGAUAUCUUGACACGGCUUGACUCGAAGGCGUCGGACACUUUGCGUCGGUCUCUAUAA